ACAGCAAAAGUAACCCAUUUUUUCUUUAAUCUUAAGGCAUCAGAUUAGCAAAUAGUAACUCAAGAUUCUUCCCUUUUCUCUCUCUGAAAAACCCAAUUGAUGGAUCCGCCUCUUUUCUAGAGAGAGAAUUUGGGGCGCUGCUUUGACAUAUCUUCCAGGCUCCAGAAUUCCCUUCACAUGCGGUGAAGUUCUUAUGGAGGGAGUGUUGCUUCAGUUGGCAAAUUAGGGAAAUCUUGCUCCCGAUUGUUUAUUUGGAGUUCUUCUUAAACAGCGGAUGAGUAAUUAAGAACUGCGAAGAACGUUCUUAAAUUCAUUUGCUGGUGGAUCUUCGCUUAUUUGCUGCCAUCUGGGAUUUGUGGAUCGUUUGAAAUUUUUUAACAAAAUGGAGCAUCGUGAGAUGUUCGGUCCAGCUGAGGAAGAUGAUGUUGAAGAUUUUCGAAGUUGUUGUGAAGAUCAUGAGGAUGUGGUGGAAGAAGGGUCUGAGGAGGAGGAGGAUCUUGAUGAGUUUUCGGUGAAAAUGUUCUUUAAGGGCAUUUCGAUAGCCGAGAUUGGUGACCCGUCUUCUGGUCUUUCUGGUAUUGGAGUGUUCAUGGAAAGAUCAGGGAAAGUCCCUUUUAUUCAGGUCCAGAAAAAGCUUGAUUUCUAUGUUGAUGAGCUAGUUGCUGAUUAUUUAGCUUUGAUGGAUGGAUUGGUUGAGGCCAUACAGAAUGGCGUCCGCUCUAUUCGAGCUUUUACCGACUCCAAUACGUUAUAUAAUCAGAUAACAAAUGAAGAGGAGCCUGAAAUUCCGCUUCUUGUAGCGCUGAAAGAAAGGAUUCUAGAGCAUGCUAGCACUUUUGAAGCGUUUUCUCUGAACCUUUCGUCGCAUUCAGACCUCGAGCAGCCAUUUCAUCUCGCGAAAGUGGCUAUUGGGGUUCUUUCUUGUCCACAAAAGGGAGAUAAAUCAAUUGAGAAUUGUUCGAUUUGUUGUGAGAACAAACCGACCGCUAUGAUGGUUGCGUUGAAGUGUUGUCAUAAGUUCUGCUCUCAUUGUAUGAAGAGUUAUGUUGAUGGAAAAUUAGAGACAUCUCAAGUUCCUAUCAGAUGCCCUCAGCUGAGAUGCAAAUAUUACAUCACAAGCAAUGAGUUUAAAUCUUUUCUUCCCUUGACUUUAUAUGAAUCGUUGGAGAAUACCUUAGCCGAAGCGAAUAUUCACUCAGAUAAAAUUUACUGCCCUUAUCCGAAUUGCUCUGUUCUGUUAGACCCGAGCGAAUGUUUGUCAGCUCGGGCAAGUUCAUCAAGUCAAUCGGAUAACACUUGUAUUGAAUGUCCAGUUUGUCAGAGGUUUAUUUGUGUUGAAUGUUGUGUUCCUUGGCAUUCAUCAAUGAGCUGUGAAGAGUUUCAGGACAUCCCAUUAGAGGAAAGAGACAUUGCUGAUAUUACCUUACAUCGUCUUGCACGAAACAAAAGGUGGCGACGUUGUCAGCAGUGUCGUAGGAUGAUUGAAUUGGCUCAAGGCUGCUACCAUAUGACAUGCUGGUGCGGGCAUGAAUUCUGCUAUUCUUGUGGUGCUGAGUACCAAGAUGGGCAACAGACCUGCCAAUGCGCCUUUUGGGACGACGACGAUGACGACGACAACUCCGAGGACUUGGUUACCCACUCCAUCCAAGAAUCUGAGCAGUGGGCAUGGGAAACUUUUAAUUCCCUCCCGAUGAUAACGGACGCAUACUCAGAGCAAGAGAGAUCACAGUUAGCACUAAUCCAACGAUUCCUGGCUGGGGGAUUCAGUCUGAGUGACCACCAACCGUAUCAAUCGCCACCACGAUGUACAGACUCUUAUGUCGACACGAUGAAGGACCUACACCAACUUCCAUGGCUUGAGAGGUUCGUUUCCGUGAUAAGUGAUAACUACUAUGAAGAUUACGUACAAUGAUAUAUCGAUUCUUAGACGAAAAAUAAAAGGGGGAGGUAAAAGAGCCUCUCACUCUAGUUUGCCUCCCUCGAUACCUCAUUUACACCGCCGCACAGCUUGGCGUUUCGAUCGCUAGUUACGCUCUGUUUGUCUGUUGAAUCAUAUACUGGAAAUUAUGAAGUGACCCUCAGAGGUCCUCAUUGCAUUAGAUUAGAUUAGAAUGAAGGAAUCUUAUGCAAGAAUGUCAGCUUUGCUUGUUUGAUUCUUUCCUGUUUCAAACAAAAGAAAAAGACAAGAAAUAGUCAAGAA